CGUCGUCGCUACAUGUGAAGUGUCGCGAAGGAUAAUUACUCGCCAUCGCGCCCGCUGGUUUACCCGGCCCAGCAAACAUGAGCUGGGGCACGGAGCUCUGGGACCAAUUCGAGAAUCUGUCCCUGCACACACAAAAAGGGAUAGAGUUUCUCGAGAGGUAUGGCCACUUCAUACGCGAUCGUUGCGCGAUCGAAUUCGAAUACGCAGCGAAACUCAGGCGUCUCGUGAAGAGUUAUCAACCGAAGAAGAAGGAGGAGGAUUAUCAGUAUAGUCCUUGUCGGGCGUUUAAAAUGGAAUUGAACGAAGUGAACGAUCAGGCCGGUCAGCGGGAGGUAAUCGCGGAAAACCUCCAGGCCAACGUCCUGCGGGAACUUAACAUCCUGGUUAAGGACUUCAAGGAGGAUCGCAAGAAGCAUCUGCAGGAGGGCGCGCAAUUAAUGGCCACCCUAGCCGGUCAGAUCGGCAAUCUGGAGCGUGCCAGGAAGGCCUACGAGAAGGCUUUCCGCGAAGCGGAGCGCGCUGUGGAGAACUACCAGCGAGCGGACGCGGAUCUUAAUCUUUCGAGAGCAGAGGUCGAGAAACAGAGGAUGAAUAUGACUAUGAAGACCCAGCAGAGCGAGGAAGCCAAAACGGAGUACGCGAAUCAGCUACAAAAAACGAAUGACAUGCAGACGUUGCACUACCACACAGCGAUGCCGGAAGUGUUUCAACAUCUUCAGGAGUUGGACGAGAAGAGGAUAAAAAACAUGCGGAAUUAUAUGAUGAAAUCUGUAGAGAUUGAGCGAGCAGUGGCACCGAUAAUUGCCCAAUGCCUAGACGGCAUUGAGAAGGCGGCGAACGAGAUUAACGAAAAGGAGGACACAAUGUUGUAGAGCGGUUUCCAGCCACCCGGAGAUUUUCCCUUUGAAGAUUUAUCGGUUGCUAAGAACUAUGAGAGCAACAGUCAAUUGGCUCAGCCCGUCAUGCAGCCAAUCCAUAAUCACCUCACGGUUAAGGGUACCGUCUCCGGUGGCAAGAUCAAGAAGAGGGUCGGCCUCUUCGGGAUCUUCGGCAGUAAUAAGAAGUUGAUCGAGGUGUGCAUAGCUUUAAAGAACAAUGUGCCUGGCUACGGUGACGGUGCCAAGGAGGACUGCAGCGAUUUGCCACCGAAUCAGCGGAAGAAACGAUUGCAGCAGCGACUGGACGAGAUCCAGGCGAAAAUCCAACAGGAGACUGCAGCGAGAGAUGGUUUAAUGAAGAUGAAAGGCGUGUACGAACAGAAUCCCGCUCUCGGAGAUCCGAUGAGUAUAGAGGGCCAACUAAACCAGUCCAGUAACAAACUGGACAAGCUCGGAGUUGAAUUGGCAAAGUUUCAAGGAUUCCUCGAAGAAGCGAUGCGUGCUGGUGCCAGUUUGUCUAGCCCAAGUCAAGCACAGCGAAAACCUACUACUAACGGUUCGGCAACGAGGCCACUAAGUUCACGAAGAGGUAGUCAUUCGGGUGGCGAGGAGAGCCUUUCGAGAUCCGCUUCAGAUUCGAGCGUCUGUAAUGCGAACGCGAAUCAACCGGUUCACAAGAAGAGCGCACCGAGCACACCACAGCCAAUUCAUGGUUCCACGAACAGCCCGGAAUCUGGCCUUGGUGAGUCGAGAACGUCGCUACCCGGCAGCGGCUGCGAGGAUUAUUAUCAUGACGAAGUGGACGCUCAGCCGCCACUGGGAACAUGCCGGGCGCUUUAUCCUUUCGAUGCAACUAGCGAAGGUUCCAUACCGAUGUACGAUGGCGAAGAGCUAUAUAUGAUCGAGCUGGACCAGGGAGACGGUUGGACUAGAGUGAGACGCAUUUCGCAACCGAUCGAAGGUUUUGUGCCGACCUCGUACAUAGAGUGUCAUCUCUACAACACUUAGCCGCUUCUCCUAGGUUGUUAAAGAGAAUCUUCGUGAUGCGAAAUCAUUCAAAGGAGAUUAUAAACAAAGAAAAUUUGGUGCCGUCGAAAACUUGAGGGUCAUGUGUUGGACGAAUUGACACAGGAUAUCGGGAUGACAAGAGCGGAUCGCAGGCCUAAUCAAUACUCUCGAACGAUGGAAAGUCGAAAUAUUCUUAAAUUUGGAGAUGCAAUCAGGAACUUGUGGACGUGGACAGGAUUGUGAAUAUUCACAAAUAAAGUAUAUUACAAAAUUUCUCUUAAAAUUUAUAAGAUUGAUGAAAGAUAAAAGAUAGAAUUCCUUAUUCAUAUAGAAUAGAUAGGACUCCUUAUUCAGGAAAAAAAAAAUCUUUCAUCAAUCUAAUGAUCCGCAAUCAUAAUCUAUAGAAGUAGAAGCAUCCGCGGAAUCGAAUUAUCGCGUGCUAAUACUCUCAUAUUCAACGAAAUCGUGAUCACACCUCCAAACACAUCUCAAGGAUUUCUGUUCGAUUGAUCGAUCGAUCGAUCAGGAAGAAACAAAGGAACGAUACAAUACGAACAAAUGCCCCAGCUUUGUGAUCAAUCAGUAAUAUAAGCGUAAUAGGAAUAAGAUUGAGCUCAUUUUUGGGCUUAUUAUAGAUCCCUAAGAGAUAUAUUUUGCCCUUAUUCGGAUUUAUUUAAUACUUUGUUAUGUAAUAAUUAGUCUUGUAAUUAUCUGUUAAAAAGGUAUUUAACAGAUUUUAAUAGCGUAUUAUUAAUAGCGAAUGUAUUAUUUACAUUUACAUUUAAAUAAUUAUUUUCGUGAUCUAAAAAGUCAUACCAUUUUUUUUUUAUGAAGGCUCGCGGCGGUCGUACAGUCUUACUCGUAUUAUUAUAUUUUGAAAUUAUAAGUUGAUAUUAAUGGCUGUUGAUAAUUAUUAAUGAUAAAUUUUUAACCACGGCUCUAUUGUUACCGCGAGAAGAAAUUCUACAUGCCGAAGACCAUAUCGGGACCUGCAUCCUUUUGCGUUUAAUUCUCGUCGAAAUUACUAUUGAUAACAAUAAUUAUUACAUUAUUAAUCUCCAAAGUUUUUAUUUAAAAAUACUGUACCUUGCAAACUGUACACUGUUUUAUUGUGUAAAUAAAUAAUUCUCUUUUUUAUUAUUUUAAAUUAGUCUUAUACGAAGGGUCACUGUGGCCCCUAAGUCUAUCUACGGCAGGAAACUCAUGAAUCCAGAAGUAAGGGUUGAAUUACUUGAAUUUAGGCAUCUGUAUGAUGGCGUUAUGGUCUGAUCAUAUACAUACUCGAUUAUACGCAUUUGUCACUUUUAAUUUUUUAGCAGGAGCAAGAAUCGAAACAGAAAAAUUUUAUUGGAUAAUUGUUGAAAAAAUAAUUAUUUAAACUCGUAAUUGGGAAAUGCCAGAUUUUAGUCAGCUAUUGACACAAUGGUUGACGAAAAUAGUGCAAUAUUCUGAUUAAAAAUCUUCAGACGAAUUUUCUGUCUCUAUAAAAAUUUAUAUAUAAGUUCUUAAGCUCGCUGCAGAAUUACACUAAUGUAGCUGCUUAAGGAUUAAAGUGCGACGUCUUUUCGUGAAGAGUCGAUAGUGAAAUGGUCCUUAAUGCACUCACGUGACUUUUCGAGACGUAUGCUUUUUCCGUGUGGAUGUGCACGAAAGAAACAUUUAACGACCUCGUUGAGAAAAAAAGAAGUAACUAUCUUAGUAAUAAUAAUUGCGCUCCGCCUACUCGUCACUUGCAAAUUAAUCAUAACUGUUGUAAUCGUCGCCGCACCGAAGUUUUAUCGUUCUUUUGUAUACUUGACUCGACGUCGUAAAAGGCGGCCGACUGUUACACGGACACGGCUUACUAUCACGCUAAGAGAACACGAGACUGAUCGCUACUAGAGUUUCGUCGUACUCGCGCGAGUCGAACAAAAUCUUGACGUUUACUCGUAAUCGAGAUUGCAAAAAUCUCGACAAGAUUCUGAAAUACAUUGGCAUCGAGACAAGAGUUACAGAAAUUAUGAAAACACAAAAUGUACAUAAUACAGGAUAAAAUUCGGCAAAGGAUUUAUAUGCAU